AUGGACGACUUUUGUAUUUUCAAUCCCAAGUGGGCUCUAUCUUGUGAGGACACGGCUUCUCAACUACUACAAAUUCUAUGUUAUAUACAUACCGAUAGAAAUGACAAAGUAGAUAAUGGCCUCGACAUGCUUGAUGACGAGAUGGUGAAACAAGUCGGAGUAGUAUCCGCAAUAUGUGAACUCGGUAACCAAUUCAACAACGGAGAGAAAGCUGAUUUGGAGGCAAUCGAAACCGACAAGUCACGUACGGUUUUCGGUGUGGUUGGUGAGUUUAUGUGGUUUGCAAAAUUCAGAAAGAUCCAUGGUUUGGCAGAUGCCGUCAACUUGAAAAAACAAUUUGAAGAUGGAUUCAAAUUGUUCACUCUUGUCAAUGGCCCUCUUUUGCUAGGAGACUGUUAUAUAAAAAAAGAAGGGCUCAAGUUACUAAGUGAAAAAUGGUGGAGACAGUGGAUCACCAAUAAAUAUGAGUUCGACUCGUCGUGCUUUACCUCCAGAGAUGGAAUGCUAGGUUUAUUAGAAGGAGUGCGUUAUUCGUGUGUGGAAAAGCCAUUUGGGUUCACGAAAAACCUAAACGAUGCUGUAGCCGGUUUACUUGACGAUUACUUGCAGGAUAUCAUAAUAAUCAAUUCAAAUUGGAUACCUAAUAAGAACUGGGGAGUUAUACACGAUUCAUCUAUAUACCACGCAAGUGACUUGAUUAACUACCUAAAAGAUCUUGAUAUUUAUUUAGGAUUAAGCACAUAUUCAUUAACUUAUGGGAACUGGCCAUCAUUGAAACAAUACAAUGACCAAUUAAAGAGAUUGGAUUCGGUCACUCCAAGUGGGGGGUUAUUCGAGAGAUCCAUACUCUCACCUGCGUGGUAUCUACAGGAACAACUCUCAGAGAAUGUUUUCAAUCCUGUCGGUGAUUUAAUAGAUGCAGUUGAAUCAUAUGUGCCUGUUAUGGGAACAAUGAAGAAUAUUGGCGACGCAGUUGUCACUACACCAUGGAACACACUAUACUCGUAUUGGAGCCGCGGAGACGGAGAGGCAGAACCUGAUGUAAACCAAGAGAAUGAAGAGCCAAUUACAGAAGAGGAUUCUUUAGCAAACGGCCAGUACAUUCUGGGAUUGACCAAAAAGGGAGAAAUUCUUCAAACGUUCCACCUGCAAAAGCAAGACGGAACAUGGGAUAAUCCCAAAUUGGUUGUUUAUGAAGUUAAUGGAAUUAUGUUUGUUUUCCUGUACAGGGAAACUGCCGAGGUAGACUAUCAACAAUUAUCAAAUACUAUUACUGAUAUGUACAACACUUAUCUACAAGAACUAAUUCUGAAACAAAUCGACUCUUUGAAGAAAAAGGAAGAGUUUAGAUACAUUAUAUAUGAUGAUUGCAAAUACUUCUCAUCCAUAAACAUUCUACCACCAGAUGAAGAUUCGUACAAGUAUCAACUUCAAUCGCAGAAGGAGCUGAUUGAAAAGUCACUUGGGAUAUCGGAUGUUCCUGACAAAUCCACAGCUUUGAAAACUCUUAGAAUCAUUGCCCUGAUGGAAGACAAACAACUACAUCAUAUUGCCCAAGGGCACAGUUACGAAAAAUUAACAAAAAUCGGACGCAAUCAUUGGGGUCUUUAUAAACGAUUUUCUCCACAACAGUGGGUUGUAGUAAUCAAAGAAGCAACUCCUUCGGAACCAAUUGACAGCAUUUUCGAUGACACCGUUCACCAAUGGCUAGAAUGGGUCCAAGCUCGUGGAUACCUAUGA